GUGCUCUUAUGUGUGAUGUUAUCAGAGGCUGUGGACUGUUUACAUUUCUUCUCUUUGCUCUCUAUUUAUAAAUAUUGUUGCACCUGAAUUUAUCAUCUAUGCAACUGUUUUCUUCCCUUGCAUUUUACAUUUAUCAUCUAUACCUCUAUUUUUUCCCUUGCAUUUCACGUCUUUGCCCCUCUGUUUCACUGUCGAUCAUUUACUGCUUUGUUUCGUUAUCCAUCAUUUACUGCUCUGUUUUUUUCUCCCUGUGUCUUUUCACUCCUUCUCCUUACACUCGGUUGGCUGAUAUAUCAGACUUAAGACAUUAUUUAUACCGUCUCAGGUUUUUUACCAUUUUUUUGAUCCAUCCUGUUAUUCCUCUGUCGGAUAUUGCUGUUGACAUUUGGCCAGCUUAUAUCUACCACUUCAGCCAAAAUCUGAGCGUUCCAGGUUUUCUACCAUUUGUUGCUGCAUUCUCUUAUCCUUAUGUCACUAACUGCUAUUGACUUUUCAUUGCCUCAUAUUUGCCCUGGUGCAAGGCUUAAUAGUGUUUGAGGUAUUAUCAAUAAUUUUUGUACAUAAUUUUUAAUUUCCUCUUAUUUAUAUUGCAUGCAUUG